AUGGUCGGUGUAAUUCUGAAUUUGGCUCGUCCAUCAGUGCAAGAAAUUGAUGAAACACUGUUGAAAUUCACAGAAUUAUAUUCUAAUGAUGCGACAGCUAAACGAGAAAUCAUUCAGUUUCAUGAGAACUAUUCUUCAGAUAAUCCUAUUUGGUGGUACACACGGGACACAUUUAUCUAUCGUUUACUUAAUCGCUCAUUGGGAACAAUAAAUGUUGAUAAUAUAUUUGAUUUUCGCUUUUACAUUGUUGAUCUUUAUCAUCAUUUGGCAGCAUUACACAGGGAUCAAAGUAUAGAUCCACGUACGAAUAAAACAGUUGUUCGCUACUGGAAUCGACCUGACUUUAUUAGCUUAAAUGAUUUAAGUAGAAAUGUUGGUGGUCUUGUGUCAUUUAACUCCUUUCUCUCAACAACGACGUCCCUACAACAUCAAUGUUAUCCUGAUAGCAAAGACGAUAUUUUGAUUGAAAUUGUUAAUAUAGAUGUCGGAAAAGAGACUGCCAUGCCUUUUGCUAAUGUCGCUCCAAGUUCCGUAACAGCUGAUGAUCGUGAGAUCUUAUUUUCAUGGUAUACUCCAUUUUUUGUUCAGUCUGUUGAACAAUCAGAAUCAAGCUACUCGUCGGUUAAACUUCAAUUAAUCACAAAAGAAAAGCUGAAGGAAACCCUAACUGAAAUUGCUCGACCGUUUAUUGGUACACUUUGUGAUCCAGAACGGUUAUUAGGGAUUGGACGAGAACUUGAAAGCAAUGAUGACAAUCAAAAGGCUAUAGCCUACUACAAAAAAUUAUUCAAAAUAGUUUUGUCAAAUGAUCAAUACCAUAUCAUUGAUAUCUACGAACAGUUGGACCAAUUGUACAAGGAGUUUAAUGCCGACAAUAACGUAGAUGAACAGUUUGGUGACUUUAUUCGACCGGCGAACACAGUUGACUAUAAUCCACUAGAAAUCUGUGAACUAAUUAGCGCUUAA